GGACCCAGAGCACAGUAGACUGGGUUGGUUGUUGUUCACAGGGAGAGGUAAUUCAGGCAUUGGAGGAGUGAAGGCAAAGUUCAUUUCCACACUCUGGCUGCACCCUGUCCUCACAUAGGACAGCUAACCUAGGGAGCAAGAGGCCAGCACUGGGAGAGAGGUGCCGUGUGUCUAUACACAUUUGACCAUACUUGUGAGUACCGCUUACUCUGUUUGGAUUGAGUGGACAGGUGGCAUCAGCCUAAAGUAAGCCCCUACUUGUCUCUGGAUCCUUGGCAUCGAUAAGGCUCAUCUCCUCUCCGGUUUACCUGACACCCUGACAUUUAAACCCCCCCAUCCAAUAUGGGUCUCCACCAAUCAGAGCUCCACUCCCUGUUCCUCUUCCCCCUCCACCUCAUGGUGUGGCUGUACUCCCUCCUUUCCUUCCUGCCUUGGUACUACCUCACCAGGGCUGGGGAGAAGAGAACCCAGGCCACACGGGUCAAGGCUCGCUCCACCUCCGGCCACUUCGAGGGGCCGUACCGCUGUGUAGACCGCUUCCAGAGCUUGGCCACAGAAGACUUCCCUGGGAAAGACACGCUGGACAAACUGUUCCAGCAAGCCAUACAGCGCUUUGGGGACUCUGACUGCCUAGGGACAAGAGAGGUACUGAGUGAGGAGAAUGAGCCCCAGCCCAGCGGAAAGGUCUUUAAGAAGCUGAUUCUGGGGAAGUACUGCUGGCUGUCCUACCAGCAGGUAGACUCUGUAGUAAGUUACAUGGGCAGUGGGUUGGCAGCACUGGGCCAGCAGCCUAAGAGUAUGGUUGCCAUCUUCUGUGAUACGAGAGCUGAGUGGAUGAUCUCUGCUCAGGCCUGCUUCAGAUACAACUUCCCAUUGGUGACGUUCUAUGCGACACUGGGAGAGGAGGCGGUGGUGUUUGGACUGAACGAGACGGGAGUCACACACCUCAUCACCAGCGCAGAACUACUGGAGACCAAACUGAAGGGUGUUCUCUCUCAGAUCCCCAAGCUGAAACACAUCAUCUCUGUAGACCAGAGGAGGGUCAGCACAGAGGGAUACCCACCUGGUCUCGCCAUCCACAGCAUGGCAUCAGUACAGGAGCUGGGGUCACAGCCUGACAACUUGGCUAGGCCGGUGGUGAGUCCUCAGCCAUCAGACCUGGCUGUAGUGAUGUACACCAGUGGUUCUACAGGCAGACCCAAAGGAGUCAUGGUCGUCCACAGCAACCUCACCGCUGGAAUGACCGGACAGUGUGAACGCAUCCCUGGCCUGGGGCCUAAAGACACCUACAUAGCCUACCUGCCUCUGGCCCAUGUUUUGGAAAUGACAGCAGAAAUCUCUUGCAUGGCGUACGGCUGUCCCAUCGGUUACUCCUCCCCUCAGACACUCUCUGACCAGUCCACUAAGAUAAAGAAAGGAAGUAGAGGAGACAGCUCUGUGCUGAAACCAACUCUAAUGGCUGCUGUACCGGAAAUUCUGGACCGCAUCAAUAAGAAUGUGAUGAGUAAGGUUGGGGAGAUGAGUUACAUUCAGAGGACGCUGUUCAACCUGGGAUAUAACUACAAACUGGAGCAGGUCAAGAGGGGUUACGAUGCUCCUCUCUGCAACGUGCUGCUGUUCAGUAAGGUGCGCAAGUUGCUGGGCGGCAGGGUGAGGCUGAUGUUGUCUGGAGGGGCUCCGCUUUCCUCUGCCACACAGAGGUUUAUGAACAUAUGUUUCUGCUGUCCUGUGGGCCAGGGGUACGGACUGACGGAAACCUGUGGAGCUGGCACCAUCACCGAGGUGGCAGACAACAGCACGGGUAGAGUUGGAGCUCCUGUCAUCUGCUGUGAGAUCCGACUCAGGGACUGGCUGGAGGGAGGCUACACCAAUCAGGACAAACCUCACCCCCGAGGGGAGAUUCUGAUUGGGGGGCCUAACAUCACUAUGGGUUACUAUAGGAACGAGAGUAAUGGCCAGGACUACUUUGUGGACGAGAAGGGUCAGAGGUGGUUCUGUACAGGAGACAUAGGAGAGAUCCACCCUGACGGAUGUCUGCAGAUAGUGGAUCGUAAGAAGGAUCUAGUGAAGCUCCAGGCUGGGGAAUACGUCUCUCUGGGGAAAGUAGAAGCUGCUCUGAAGAACUGCUCCCUCAUCGACAACAUCUGUGCUUACGCUAACAGUGAGCAGAACUAUGUGAUCAGUGUUGUGGUACCCAACCAGAAGAUGUUGACUGAGCUGGCUAGACAGAGGGGAGUGAAAGGGAGCUGGGAGGAGGUGUGCACCCACCCUGCCAUGGAGAAGGAGGUGCUGAAGGAGAUCAAAGAGGUGGCCACUUCAAUUAAACUCCAGAGGUUUGAGAUCCCAGUCAAGGUACACCUCAGCCCAGAGCCCUGGACCCCUGAGACAGGACUGGUGACUGAUGCCUUCAAGCUGAAGAGAAAAGAGUUAAAGAACCACUAUCUCCAACACAUAGAGAGGAUGUAUGGGAGGCCGUAAUGUAAUGACCUACAACUUCACCUAAUGCCCAUAGGCCUCUGGUCAAAAGUAGUGCACUAUAUAGGGAAUAGGGUUCCAGGCCUUGAGGUGCAGGGUGUGCAGGCUUUCGCUCAGCCCUGCUGUAACACAUUUGAUUUCAGCUAAUCAAGGUCUUGGUUACAAGCAGCCAAUUAGUUGAAUUUGGAGUUAGAGUAGGGCUGGAGCAAAAGCAUCCACACUGUGUAGCUGUUCGCUACUCCUGACCUAAGCCAAAGUCGCCAACGUUCUGCUGUUAGUUUGUAGCCUCAGUCGGUGCCAGUCAGGUUUCUGCUUCAGCUGACUUUGUCGUCUUGUAGCACCCUAUUCCCUAUGCCGUACACUGCUUCUGACCAGUCCUAUGUGCUCUGGUCAAAAGUAGUGCACUGUAAAGGGAAUAAUUUGGGAUGCAGCUCUAGUGUUUUCCAACAGAAACUGUUCGAUACCCAGGCUACUGUUCUGUGUGUGUAAAGAAUAUCCCUAUUAGACAGUAAUGUGCUGAUAAUGUACUUGUAAAAAAAACAUUGCACUCAAGCACGUCCAGUUCUGCCCUCAAUUGUUGUCAUUAGAAGACACUGAGUCUGAACUGUAGAUGGUCAAUUAUUUAUUGGGAAAUCAAACUUGAAGCUGAUCCAGCAUUUAUAGAAAUGUAUGUUUAUAGAAAAGUCCACUACUUUCACCGACAAACAAAUGGAACAUUAGGAAAGGGAAACAUUCUUAGUCAACGCUUACCUGCCAUUCCAGCCUAAGCUUUGUAACAGAUGUAUUUUUGAAUGUGUGUAUUUCUCAUGUUAUGUAGUUGAGAGUUCUGCUGCCCUCUAGUGGUAAAAUGGCAGUAUCGACAUUACUGUGCCUUUCCCUGCUCUCACUUCCCAGUGUCUGUUAAAUUUGGUUAUUUAUUUAGAAGCAUGUUAGCCAAGGUAUAUUGUAAGACUAAAUAAGCAUUGACUUUACCAAAUGUUUUGCUUUUGUUGCACCAAACGUCACUCAGGAAACAUAAAAUAGCUAUUUAAUAUUAUUUGGGCAGGAGGAUAGACUGCAUGGGCAAUAGCAAUUGAUGUUUUUACCUGAAUAGUCAAAACAAUGUUGUGAAAAUAUUAGUAUCCUCAUCAUAACAAAAAGGUCUGUAAUUAACAUUUGAGUCCAUUUCUUUCUCCAACUACUGUGUGAAAAAUGGUUACUUAUUCAGUUCUGGGGGUCACAUGCUUUAGAGGACAUUGGUGAA